AUGAUCCUGGCCGCCGAUGGGUUUUAUUAUUCCACGGGCGUGCCUUAUGGCGCAGGGACACUUGAGAAUAGCUCUCGAGGCUCUGACGAAACAUCAUGGUCGAAUGGCGAGUCACCAGUAGCAUAUCUUGAGCUGUUUCUCUGGCAGGGCGAAAGAUUUAAAGUGGGCUCCAAUGGCGAGAUAAUGUACGGUGUCCUUCAAGACGACCCGGUUCUCCGAAGUUUGCUGGAGAACGAGUCGCCACUUCUGCAAAAGGGCUUCAGAGAUGGCAUGCGCUACGUCGGAUUCGCCAUUCAGUGCGAUGUGCGAUCACAGCUCGGAUACGCGUUCAUGAAUCCAGCGAGUCGAACGUUUUCUGAUUUCCACAACACGGAUGCAGAAACCUUGGGCUACAACAGUGUGUUCUAUCCAAAUAUGCAAGCGGUCAUGGCAGCUGGUGGUUGGAACGUGUCCGCACGCCAGCUACGAAUGGCGGACGGGGAGGAGUCGCGCUUCCACUCGCUGGCACAAGCGAUCGGCUUGCCUGCGGCGAGGAGUCCCUGGGUAUACGGACUGAACUUUGCGCGUUACCCUGCACUCGCCCCAGAGAACGUCGUGUACUCCCUCUACCGCUUGCUUGGACAGACCGUGAUCGUGCCCAUGGGCGCAAGAUCCCAAGAACCAUGGGAAGGGGAUCUCUAUGUCCUGGAAACAGUCCGCUGGCUUCGCCCAGGACCCGUUUCAUGGAAGAUUGUCCUCGCCCUCCUCACAAUCUGGACCACUAUAACCGUGAGUCUCUCAAUAUGGACGCUCUUCACGAAGCGCUGGGCUCCUACGCUUGGCGGAUUCGAGUUAUUCCGCCUGGGGGCAGAAUACACGAACGAAGUCCACCGCUUUCAGGAUCGGCGAUUUGAGGGUUGCACCAUGGCGCUGAGGGAUAUCCCGGGUAUGAUCGGGGCCAUGCCGGGUGACAAGCUGGGAGCCGAGGAAAGCUUCAUCGGGUUGAGUGAGAACGUGGCGAGCAGAGACGGGCGGUAUGUCUUUGACCGAGGGCAGGCUGGUCUGCAUCGGAGCGCAUGA